CGCAUCAUGGACAAUCUGGACCAGCUCGCCGACGACGAGCUGCGACUUCGGCUGGUGCAAUACGGCUUUCCGAACCUUCCGGUAACGACGACCACGCGCAAAAUAUUGAUCAAAAAGCUUCGGCACCAUAUCGAUUCCGAGAAUCAGAAGCUGCGCCGGGAAUCGUCGAAGGCGGCACGAUACAGUUCUGGGGAGGAAUCGGACGGUAAUGAUGGGCGGAAGACUGCGACGGCCGCACAGCGCAAAAUGUACGCCGCCAACACGGUGCGAAGUCAACGGGCUACCGUAGCAUCUCCGACCGGAGUGAGAAGUUCCGUAUCGAUGCCUCCACCUCCGCCGACGAACGUCGUCCGGUCGAGUAUGACGCGCGUUCCAAUAAGCAUAUCAUCAGUAGCAUCAUCAGCGUCUACGCCGCAUAGUGUUAGCAGCAGUAGCAAUAAUAAUUUUGUAGGAGCGAACGGUGCCGGACCAAAUCAUCAUCGUAGCAAUAAGAACUCAUCCCAUUCGUCACCCGUUGGCAGCACAGUAUACAUCUCGCCGCUGAUCGUACAUGACAGCGAAGAGGAGGACUAUUUACCAACGCUACGUACGGGUGCGAGAGGUGCUGGUGACCCAUUAUUACGAAGCCUUGGCAGUACAUCGUCGACGCCUACUUCGCACAGUUCGCUGUUCCGCAAGACGGCUCUAGCAACCGGCAACAUAACACCACCGUCUGCCAACAGCAGCAUGUACAGCAACAUCGGUGGAAGUGCGGACAACAGUAGCAGCGGCGGUGGGAGUGGUCUUCUGAACGACUCCAACGGAUCGAACGGUGCCGGUACGAGUGAUUUGCCGUACGUGAGCGAGUAUACGAAGCGAUUGAUGCAGCUGCGCGGGGAAACGGUUUCACAGGAGAACUACAACAGUGCCGUCGGUGGCAUCAUAGGACGCCGAAGUAUGAAUAACAAUGUACCGCCCUCUCAACGAUACAGUGCCGCUGCCAGUCAUCUGCAUUCGAUACGAACGAACCAUCAACAACUACCAUCGGCAUCUGCAGGAGGAGGUGGAAUUCUUCACCAUCCGAUGCGCACAGGUCAUCCGCAUCCGUUGAACAAUAAAAACACCCCGGGUACGACGUCAUCUCCUUUGGCUAACUCUGGUUCAAUAAUCGCUGGCAAUCACAUCCGCCAGCGAUACAGUCGCCUAUCGGGAACGAAUGAGUUCAACGAAAACGACAUUGUAACACACGCACAACCUGCACCGGAACCACCCGGCAUCCCGUUCCGAGUAGCGAUAGGCAACUUCAUCACUCGACUGGACGAGCAUUACGGUUUCAAGCAAACGUUCAUCCCCUGUGCUUUGCUGGGCCUGUUGGGAGUGUUUCUCUUUUCGGUGAUAUUCAUGUACUUGACCAUCAGCACCGAUCUGGCCAGUACGUUAAACUCGAUCGACACGCGGUACGAAGUAUGCGAGGAUGACGUUCAUGGGCUGGCUGCCACCAGCUGCGUCUUUGCCACGGACGUUGAACCCGCCCUUGAGCUAUUAAAGCUAAUCGGCAGCGAACUGAAAGCACGCGUCGAACAGCAUCAUUGCCAACGGGACGAUAAAUCACCCGUUUCCGGGCUGAUGUCCGCCGGGGAGGUCCUCAAAUAUGCUAAGGAACACUCACCAUCCGUUCUGAUACCGCAACUAUCGCGACACCUGCACGCAAUGGAGUAUCUCAUCGACCGUAAUCCUCAAUGGCACAUUAACCAUUGCGAUGCAGGCGGAGAGCCGAUAACGUACGAGGGUGUGCUGGACAGGCGAUCUACACGCUCGAAUCACUUCACCAUUCUCAACCCGAAGUUACCCUUCACGUGUACGCUGUACAACAAGUUCCAGAAGUUCUUCGUGAUCGUUGGUGGAUUGGCGCUGGUGGCGAUCCUUGUGUUCGCCGGGAACUACUUCCUGAAGUUCGUGUUGUACGUGAAACAGAAGCGCCGUGAUCAGGUAAAUCGAUUAAUCAGUGAAAUAAUACAUGCGGUUAGCCAGGCGGCAGCGAAUGCUUCCGAAGCGGCGAACAAGGAUGGAACAAUCGGAGCGCAACAGGCGGGCGUCGUUAUCAACCAUCUACGGGAUCGGCUGUUGGGGAUGCCAAAUCGGCGCAAGCUUACAUGGGCGUGGAACGAAGCGCUCGGUUUUUUGGAACAGCAUGAAAGUCGCAUCGCGUUCGAGGUCGCUACGAUAGGUGGCGAAGACUUCAAGAUAAUGCGCUGGAUUGAUAGUGUGCCGUUGGUAAGCGGAGGAGGAGCGGGUAGCCCUGGAGCUUCCCGGUUGGGAGGUGGAUCUACCGGCGGUAGCACCACGGCCAAGAAGUGGCAAGGUCCGGCGUUCGAUAAUAGCAACAAGAUACAUGAUCCGCCGACACCUUGCCUCAAAAUUCGACAAAUGUUCGACAAGUACGAGGUGAACGAUCCAAACCUGAAGACGAUCGUGCAGGACGCUAUUCUGGAGAAGUUGGGCGGUCGUUGCAAGAUCUACGACAUUCAGCUCGACCGAAGUAGCUGCUGCGUGUACGUGCGAUGUGCCUCGGCGAAAGAUGCCGGCAUUGUGCAUGACGAGAUCAAUGGUUGGUGGUUCGACAAUCGGCUGGUGUCGAUCAAGUUCCUGCGGCUGGAACGGUACCUACAGCGUUUCCCGCGCUCGCUAGCCGGACCGGCCUGUCUGAAGCCAUCGAACAAGAACAACUCGUCCAUGAGUCAUCAAUUGGCGCUCAACAGUAACAACGGUGGUCCGGCUGGACGUUACGCGAGUAACGGUAGCAGAGGCGGCAAUCGAGAUGAUCUCGACACCGAUCCCGAAGAGUACGACGAAGGCGAAGGUGAGGAGGACGGCGAAGAGGAAGAGGAUGAAGAGGAGCUGGUAGCAGCGGCAGCUAGAGCCGGGACUAACACUCGUCACAGUGCCUCCGGUGUCGGGCGGCGUUCUGGACAGCGACACGAAGAUGAGGAAAACAACGAGUAGAGUACGGAACCUUCCUUCCUGCCUUACGGAAGAUAUUAAUCAUCACUAACACAAAUAAUACGCGCAUACGGAUUCGGUUUGAGGUGUAUUGGACAGGCCGUGUGCUGAAGAGGUGACAGAAGGACGUACUGGGAACUUAUUCCCUGUUCUUCUUGCUUAUCGUACCGCUCACACUCACCUCACCUCUUCUGUACUUGUCCCACACACAGCUUCCGAUGGGAUUUUUUGCCAUUUAUAUCAUUUAUUGCCUACCCUGAAUCCCGUUUUAUAUGUUACGAGUUUUUUGUUCACACUCACAUUUUUCUUUACCUAACUACAUAGAGAGCGUUUCGCGCAAGAGCUAAAUACUGUUUGGAUUGUUAUUUUCAAAAAAUAAAGUCUCCAAAAUCAACAAAAGGAACCUUUCCGGCUUUUCGCGACAUUCACAACUUCACGUGAAGAAACGCAGCUUGGAAGGAGCUUGAUAAAUUACGUUAUGGUACUGUAGUAAAGGGAGAUUGUUUUUAAUAGCCAUAAGAAAAGAAAAUGAUGAUUUUGGAGAAUGUGUGGCUAAUAGGUAGGCUAGUUGAAUCAAGAAUCUUGGAGCAAUGAAAGCACCAGAAGACAAAUGAUGGAGAUUAUACACACGCGUAUAGACGGCAGCCACAGCAAAAGGAAAGAAGACUCGUCAAUCUCAGCGAGCGGAGUAGAGCGAGCUCGAGAACUCAUCGUUGACUCUUGCGCUUGAUAGUAGUAGAAGGGUUUAUGUUUUGUGUUUCUUCUGACGAGCUUAAACAACUGGGGCAGGUGGAUGGGCACGGAGGCAAAGGAUACUGUAAUAUCUGUUAGAAUUGCCGUAAGCAUGAGGACGGCGCGUGUCCUGCUAAUCUUAACGAGCAAGAGAAGCGUGGUUAGCGAGCGGUUUUGUUGAUUAAUGAUUACAGAUUUAUAUACACAACAGGUAUACAAAAUUAUACGUUCUGUUUGUUUUGCCAGCGCUAACGAAUAACCCCUGCUAGGUGUUGUUUUAACGUAUUUUUAGAGCAAGCGAAGAGAAGUGGGUAAUCUAACGAAAACUAAUUGCAAAUCGAAAGUGGAUAUUUAAGCGAACUUACAAUACACACCACAAUCAUACAUAUUACGAAGAAGGCUAAAUUGAGAGGUUCACUUGUUUGCCCACGAACAUUUUAUGAGACUCUGUCUGUACGAAGCACUAAAAAUAAACCUCCGGUAAUUGAUUUCAUACGAUUCGGUGCAAUUUUCCUGUUAGAAUUUUAAACUCUCAACCGAAGGAAUCAGCGCACAAUACGCUCAACAGUUUGGCGAAGGAUUAGCAUAAAGGAUGUUAGUGACGUAAUUGAGUUGUACGGUAACGUUCGGUCCAAAACGUAUCAAGAGUGUUAAGGGACCCCAACGGUAUGAACCGCCAUGUCUCCCCUUUAAG